CUUUGGAUUAAUCUAGCAGACAUCUAGCAGUCGUCUUGGAUCUUCUGGAAAAAUGAAAUUCUUUGUCAUUGCCUUUGCUGUGAUCGCAGCUGCCUCGGCGGCCUCCAUUGCCACGGAUUACCUGCCGCCGGUGGACAACAACCUGGAAGCCGCCUCCGAACUCGUGGAGCUGCCCGCCGAGCAGGGAGUUCUGGCCGACGAUGGUUACCGCUACAAGACCGUGCGCCGCCUGAAGCUGCGCCACCGUCGUGAUGUCAGCGAGCUGCCCUCCGGCGAGUACCUGCCCCCCGUGGAGGGAGCCGCCUCCGAGGCUGUUGCCGUUGAGACUCCCCUGGCCGAUGAUGGAUACCGCUACAAGACUGUCCGCCGUGUGAUCCGCCGCCGUCGUGACGUGAACGAGCUGCCCUCUGGCGAGUACCUGCCCCCCGUGGAGGGAGCCGCCUCCGAGGCUGUUGCCAUCGAGACUCCCCUGGCCGAUGAUGGCUACCGUUACAAGACCGUGCGCCGGGUGAUCCGCCGUCGUCGUGACGUGAACGAGCUCCCAUCUGGCGAGUACCUGCCCCCUGUUGAGGAUGCCGCCUCCGAGGCUGUUGCCAUCGAGACUCCCCUGGCCGAUGAUGGAUACCGCUACAAGACUGUCCGCCGAGUGAUCCGCCGCCGUCGUGACGUGAACGAGCUGCCCUCCGGCGAGUACCUGCCCCCCGUUGAGGAUGCCGCCUCCGAGGCUGUGGCUGUGGAGACUCCCCUGGCUGAUGAUGGCUACCGUUACAAGACCGUGCGCCGGGUGAUCCGCCGUCGUCGUGAUGUGAACGAGCUCCCAUCUGGCGAGUACCUGCCCCCCGUGGAGGCCGCUUCUGAGGCUGUUGCCGUCGAGACUCCCCUGGCCGAUGAUGGAUACCGCUACAAGACCGUGCGCCGAGUGAUCCGUCGCCGUCGUGACGUGAACGAGCUGCCCUCCGGCGAGUACCUGCCCCCUGUUGAGGAUGCCGCCUCCGAGGCUGUUGCCAUCGAGACUCCCCUGGCCGAUGAUGGAUACCGCUACAAGACCGUGCGCCGAGUGAUCCGUCGCCGUCGUGACGUGAACGAGCUGCCCUCCGGCGAGUACCUGCCCCCUGUUGAGGAUGCCGCCUCCGAGGCUGUGGCUGUGGAGACUCCCCUGGCUGAUGAUGGAUACCGUUACAAGACUGUCCGCCGUGUGAUCCGACGUCGCCGUGAUGUGAACGAGCUGCCCUCUGGCGAGUACCUGCCCCCCGUGGAGGCCGCUUCCGAGGCUGUUGCCGUCGAGACUCCCCUGGCCGAUGAUGGAUACCGCUACAAGACCGUGCGCCGUGUGAUCCGUCGUCGCCGUGAUGUGAACGAGCUGCCCUCCGGCGAGUACCUGCCCCCCGUGGAGGAGGCCGCCGCUUCCGCCAUCAUCGAUGUGCCCGCCGAGCAGACCGUCGUGGCCGCCGAUGGCUACCGCUACAAGACCGUCCGUCGUCUGAAGCUCCGUCGCCACUAAGCCGCCGAUUGGGCCCACUCCCACCGCAGCAUUUGAGAUUGUCGAGGAUGCUUUUCCAGAAGAAGUCCUGCCCUUGAGGUCUCACGAUGAAACUAACCAUAAGUCGAGCGUAUUAGUCAAUUUGAAUCCGUUAUGAACCAACCCGAGUACAAACCCGAAUUAACAAUAAUAAACAUUUUUAAAACAAAAA